CCGUAGUUUAGGGGGUUGAGCUGAUUCAUGAAAUUCAACUCUUGAUGAAAAGCCUAAUUCUCUAUUUAUGACUACUAACUUGAACAAGACUUCGCUGUGGAUUCGUCUGCCUACGUUUUCUCUGGUUCCUGCAUCAUAGAGGGAGGACGCACAUACCCCCUACGUUGACCUUUUAUCUGUUCAGGAGUUAAAUUUUUUUUUAUAAGAUUAUGUGUUCUGUCAUGGACGACUAGACACCAGUCAUGGGAUAUCCAGCAGAGAGAAAGGCUUGAAUGGCUUGUGUGACGCACCAUGUGUUCACAUCUUUGUUAGAUUUCUUAUUGAUUAUAUGUUACGGUCCAAAGAAACCACCAUUUUUCAUUUAAAAAUGUGUUUUGUUCAGUGUGGCUUUGGUGUAUUUCCUAGUGAUCCAGGAUGAGUUUCAAAAGCUGCCAUACAGGGAUUUUAUACGACUCAUUUUGUUCAUCUAACCAAGCUUGCGUUAUGGAUCACAUUAUGUUCAUGGAGUUUUCAAGGCACGUGUCACCAGUUCUAUGAAGAAACACAAUUUUGCCCUGUGGUGUAAUCCAGUCAUGUUGUAAUCAGAUGAUUGAUAAGGAGGAAUUUGGAGUUUUCUUUUUUCAUAAGGGGUUAGAUGUUUGUGUAAUCUUGUUUGUCUUGCUCACAUAGUUCAUUCUCUGUUCGCACACACAGGGUAUUACAAUCAAGCCUUUCUCUCUGCUGGAUAUCCCUUUCUUUCUCUCUUUUUUUUCAAAUGGAAAUUCUACAAAACAGUGCUUUCCUUCGUGGUUUGUGUCGCAAUAGCUCCCCUGCCGAUUUACAAUAUGAUAAUUCUUCUGAACUCUUUCGUAUAUCAACGUAUGCCAAGUUCCCCACCACUGCAGCAGUGACAGAGAGGAGUCUUGCGCGAGCAGGGUUUUAUUACACCGGAGUAGGUGAUCGUGUCCAAUGUUUCCGCUGCAAUGUGACGGCCGACAACUGGCAGUCCGGCGACUGCCCUGCCGAGCGCCACAAACAGCUCUCUCCCAACUGCAGCUUCAUCCAGAGUUUACCCGCCACCGCAAACCUCCUGUCGUCCUCUCACUCUGCCUUUUCCCCGCUUCGCAACGUAGCCAUCCUACAGCUGUCCGCCCCUGCGACCGCAGUAACGUCGACCACCACGGCAUCCGUUUCAGGCCAAACGGAGGAGCAGGUGGGUUACUUAAACAUGGGAUUCAGCAACCUGGCCCCCUCCAGUCCCAUUUCCUCCCGUGGAGUGGAGGAUAUGUCUCACCAGCGACCUCCGGCUUGUCACAAUCCUGGUAUGCGUCGGGAACAGGAACGCCUUGACACCUUUCAGAAUUGGACUCUUGCUACAGUAACUCCAGCCGAGCUUGCCAAAGCUGGUUUCUACUACCUUGGCCAGGGCGACAGGGUGGCUUGCUUCAGUUGUGGAGGCCAGCUUAGCAACUGGGAACCGGGAGAUCGGGCAGUAUCAGAGCACCAGAGGCAUUACCCCAACUGCCGCUUCGUUCGAGGCGACCGUGCAGAUAAUGUACCUUUAUCCGGUGGCGGCCUUUCCAAUGUAUCGAACUCGGCAAUGCAACAGUGUGAAGAGAGGUUGCUCACGUUUGUCAACUGGCCCUCAAGAAUACCCGUUCGACCAGACCAAUUGGCUAAAGCUGGUUUUUACUAUGUUGGUCGUAAUGACGACGUGAAGUGCUUUUGUUGUGAUGGUGGACUCAGAUGUUGGGAGUCUGGUGAUGAUCCAUGGGUAGAACAUGCUAAGUGGUUUCCAAGAUGUGAAUACCUGUUGCAAGAAAAGGGCCAAGAGUUUGUUCAUCAGAUUCAAGCAAGAUUUCCAAGACUAUUUGAACAGCUCUUGACUAAUGGAGACAGCAACUCAAGAGAAUUUGUUGAUCCACCUGUUGUACACCUUGGUCCUGGAGAAGACCGUUCAGAAGAUGCAGUGAUGAUGAACAAUCCUGUGGUGAAGUCAGCUUUAGAGAUGGGAUUUGAGCGUGGCCUGGUGAAGCAAACCGUUCAGAGCAAAAUUCUCGCAAGUGGAGAGAAUUACAAAACCGUUCAAGAAUUGGUGUCUGAUUUACUAAGUGCAGAAGAUGAGAAGAGAGAGGAGGAGCGAGAGCUUCUUGCCGAGGAAAUGGCAUCAGAUGGUUUUACUUUUCUUAAGAAACAUCAUGUUGCCUUGUCACAGCGCCUAAAAAGUGUGCAGAGCUUAAUGGACCAUCUUCUGGAGGAGAACGUCAUCUCACAGAAAGAGUAUGACAUUAUUCGUAACUGCACUACAGUCAAGCAGCAGACAGGGCAGCUCAUCGAGUUAGUCCUGUCGAAAGGAAAUGCAGCAGCAGAGGUUUUCCGCAACUGGAUCAAGAAGAAUGAUGUCUACCUGCUGAGAGAACUGAUGGCCCAGACAAAUGAAGCUGCAUCACCGAGUCAAGAUCUUUCAGACUUGCCUAUGGAGGAACAGUUAAGACGACUUCAAGAGGAGCGCACAUGCAAAGUUUGCAUGGAUAAGGAAGUGAAUAUUGUCUUCAUCCCCUGUGGUCACCUAGUUGUGUGCAAAGAAUGUGCACCUUCUCUGCGUAAGUGUCCCAUAUGUAGAGGAUUGGUCAAAGGCACUGUCCGUACUUUUCUAUCAUAAAGAGAAGUUUUAAAAUUAAAAUUGGAGCAAAUAAAAACAAUGAAACCAAA